GCGGCGCGAGAGAAUAAGAUUAUUAGUACACGCGCAGAGGCUGAGAGGAAGAGACUAGCUGCUGGUUUCCUCCCAGUGACCUAGGAGGAGCCCACUAGUCCGGGCAAAACACGGACCGCUUCUCGUCCUGGUUCUAUUAAAACCUCUUAGGUGAGUCCAGCUUUACAAGUGUUUGCAGGACCGAGCCCUUUUUUUUAAAUUCAGGAAGAAGAGAAGGGAGUAAAAGUCAUGGACAAAGGAGGAGAAUUAAAAAGAAGUUAGCGACAACUACAGUAAAGUCACCUUUGGGAGAAAGAAAACGCCUCGGAAAGAAGAAGUGUCCGGAGAGGGAAGAGGAAGAGGAUGGGGAUGGAUUUCAGCACUCUGCGGACCCUCAUCAGCAGAUAUUGUGUUGGUGAGGAGAACUGGGUGGACAACAGGACGAUUUACAUCGGACACAAGGAGCCUCCUCCAGGAGCGGAGGCCUUCAUACAGCAGAGAUUCCCCGACAACAGAAUAGUCUCCUCCAAGUACACAUUUUGGAACUUCGUCCCGAAGAAUAUGUUCGAGCAGUUCAGGAGAGUCGCCAACUUCUACUUUCUCAUCAUAUUUCUGGUCCAGCUGAUCAUCGACACUCCCACCAGUCCCAUCACCAGCGGGCUGCCGCUCUUCUUUGUCAUCACCGUCACCGCCAUCAAACAGGGCUACGAGGACUGGUUGAGACACAAAGCGGACAACUCUGUCAACCAGUGUCCCGUCCACGUGGUGCAGCACGGGAAAGUAGUCCGCAAACAAAGUCGCAAGCUCAGGGUUGGCGAUGUCGUCUCGGUGAAAGAAAAUGAGACUUUUCCCUGCGACCUCAUCCUUCUUUCUUCCUCUCGAGAUGACGGGACCUGCUUUGUUACUACAGCCAGUCUGGACGGAGAGAGCAGCCACAAGACAUACUAUGCGGUUCAGGACACGAGGGCUUACAACACUGAGAAGGAGGUGGGCUCCAUCCACGCUACCAUAGAAUGUGAACAACCGCAGCCGGACCUGUACAAAUUUGUGGGCCGUAUCAACGUCUACAUGGACAAUGAGCCGGUGGCCAGGCCGCUAGGAUCAGAAAACCUGCUGCUCAGAGGAGCCACGCUCAAGAACACUGAGUACAUCUAUGCGGUGGCCAUCUACACCGGUAUGGAAACCAAGAUGGCUCUCAACUACCAGUCCAAGUCUCAGAAACGGUCUGCAGUGGAAAAGUCGAUGAAUGCCUACCUGAUGGUCUACCUGUGCAUCCUCAUCAGCAAGGCGCUCAUCAACACGGUGCUGAAAUAUGUGUGGCAGGCCGACCCCAACAGAGACGAGCCCUGGUACAACGACAGGACAGAAGCAGAGCGACAGAGACACAUCAUGAUCAGGGCGUUCACAGACUUCUUGGCCUUCAUGGUUCUGUUCAACUACAUCAUCCCAGUCUCCAUGUACGUCACUGUGGAGAUGCAGAAGUUCCUGGGCUCCUAUUUCAUCAUGUGGGACGAUGAGAUGUUCGACGAGGAGCUGGGGGAGCGAGCCGUGGUCAACACGUCGGACCUGAACGAGGAGCUGGGGCAGGUGGAGUAUGUGUUCACAGACAAGACAGGGACUCUGACGGAGAACAACAUGGAGUUCAUCGAGUGCUGUGUGGACGGACACGUCUAUGUACCUCACGCUAUCUGUAACGGACAGGUGAUGCCUGGUGCAACAAGUAUGGACAUGAUUGACACAUCGCCAGGUCCUGGGGCUAGGGAGCACGAGGAGCUGUUUUUCCGGGCGCUGUGUUUGUGUCACACGGUGCAGGUGAAGGAGGAGGAGACGGUGGACGGGAUCAAGCAAGGCAUCCACCAGGGCAAGUCCACUUCCUUCUACAUCUCCUCAUCGCCAGACGAGGUGGCGCUGGUGGAGGGCAUGAAGAGACUCGGUUUCACCUAUCUAAGACUGAAAGACAGUCAGAUGGAGAUCUUGAACAGGGAGGAUGAGAUUGAGAGGUUUCAGCUGCUGGAGGUUUUGACAUUCGACUCAGUCAGACGGAGGAUGAGCGUCAUUGUCAGGUCCAGCACUGGGGAGCUCUAUCUGUUCUGUAAAGGUGCAGACUCCUCCAUCUUCCCCAGGGUUGUAUCAGGCAAGGUGGAUCAGGUCAAAGCUCGGGUGGAGCACAACGCAGUGGAGGGUCUGAGGACACUCUGUGUGGCCUAUCGACCUCUGAGUCCCGAGCAGUACCAGGAGGUUUGCCACCUGCUGAACGGGGCCAAGCUGGCACUACAGGACCGAGACAAACGACUGGCCGAGGCCUACGACAUCAUCGAGAAAGACUUGAUACUGCUGGGAGCAACUGCUGUGGAGGACAGGCUCCAGGAAAAAGCUGCAGACACCAUUGAGUCCCUCCACCAGGCGGGUAUGAAGGUGUGGGUGCUGACCGGUGACAAGAUGGAGACGGCGGCCGCAACCUGCUACGCCAGUAAGCUGUUUCGCCGCAACACCCAGAUCCUGGAGCUCACCACCAAACGCACCGAGGAGCAGAGCCUUCACGACGUCCUGUUUGACCUGAGCAGGACGGUGCUGAGGCAGCACGGAGGCAUGACCAGGGAGUCCUUCUCUGGUUUAUCAGGUGACUGUACUGACUACGGUCUGAUCAUCGAUGGGGCCACCCUCUCUGCGGUGAUGAGGCCCGCCCAGGAGGACUCCAACUCAGGGAACUACAAAGAGAUCUUCCUAGAAAUCUGCCGCAACUGCAGCGCCGUGCUCUGCUGUCGAAUGGCGCCGCUCCAGAAAGCCCAGAUCGUGAAGCUGAUCAAAGCCUCCAAGGAGCACCCGAUCACGCUGGCCAUUGGAGACGGAGCAAACGACGUCAGCAUGAUCCUAGAGGCCCACGUGGGCAUCGGCAUCAUGGGUAAGGAGGGUCGUCAGGCGGCGAGGAACAGCGACUACGCCAUCCCGAAGUUCAAACACCUCAAGAAGAUCCUGCUCGUCCAUGGACACUAUUACUACAUACGCAUCUCUGAGCUCGUGCAAUACUUCUUCUACAAGAAUGUCUGUUUCAUCUUCCCCCAGUUCCUCUACCAGUUCUUCUGUGGCUUCUCACAACAGCCACUGUACGAUACAGCUUACUUGACUCUGUACAACAUCAGCUUCACCUCGCUGCCCAUUCUGCUCUACAGUCUCAUCGAGCAGCACAUUAACAUGGACAUCCUGAGAAGGGACCCGUCUCUCUAUCGAGAUAUUGCUAAGAACUCGUUGCUGCGCUGGCCCAUCUUCAUAUAUUGGACUAUCCUGGGAGUGUACGACGCCUUCGUGAUGUUCUUCGGGUGCUACUUCCUGUUUGACAACACCACCUUCACCAGCAACGGACAGCUAAUGACAACCAACACACAGAUGAUGUUUGGAAACUGGACAUUUGGGACGCUCGUCUUCACUGUGCUGGUCUUCACUGUUACAUUCAAGUUGGCUCUAGAUACUCAUUACUGGACUUGGAUCAACCAUUUUGUCAUCUGGGGCUCGCUGAUUUUCUUUGUGGUCUUCUCUCUGCUGUGGGGAGGAAUCAUCUGGCCCUUCCUCAACUACCAGAGGAUGUACUAUGUGUUCAUGCAGAUGUUGUCCAGUGGUCCGGCCUGGCUCAGCAUAAUCCUUCUGAUAACAGCCAGUCUGCUGCCAGACGUGGUGAAGAAGGUCAUCUGCAGGACGCUGUGGCCCACCACGACUGAACGCAUACAGAAUGCUGAUAAACUCUACGAGGGCCAGCUGUCCGAGUUCACCCCCCUGGCGUCCCUCCACGCCCCGUCCAAGGCUGGCAGCCUCCGGCGAGGCUCGGGCAACCAAAGGAACUCCCCGAACCCUCGAAGGUCUGAACCCUUUACCAAGAAAAUCAUGUUCACACGCUGGCAAAGAACGCCAGACUACAGCACCUUCGCCCCCCUCCUCCGAUUCGCCGAUGGCUCCCGCCACUCGAAGCAGGGGCACGCCUACGGCGGGGCGGGGCCAGAGACCUCAGUCUAGUUUAUUUCUGUCUGGUGUUUUUUUACUUCUAUUCUGAUAUCAGAUACAAUAGCAUCCAUUUGGAGUUGAACUCAACGAAGGGAUAAUUUAACAGGUCACUGGAAAGUAAAGUUACACAAAAAGUAACUCAAACUAAUUUAUUUAUGUUCCUGGAGUCGAAUAACUGACUACGAUGCUAAUAGCAGGUAAUCCAUCUCUGAGGGGUUACACUGAAAGUGAACUUCACAACUGCUCUCAAGUCAGCAGCCAAGUAUGGCACAAAGCACGAUGGGACGGCUCUGGGAGGGACUCCAUCCGCAGGGGCCUCGCUCGCCGCCACAACGUGCAAAGGGCUCAGCGUACUGAUGUCACAACAAAACAGACUCCAGAGCUUUGAUAUCUUAAAAAGAAAUAUGGGCACUGGCCCUUUACGCCUGCCUGCCUUUGAUAGCUGGCAGUGUACUUUACUCCAUGUUAAAGGAUUUAUAUGACUUUUUAAAGAACAUUAAUGAUGUGUUGUGAUUGCGCUGCUGAUGAAGACCGUAACAGCGCUUUAGCCAGCUCGAGCUUUCUCUGACCAAACAUUUCCUUUUUCUUCAUUCCUUCCAUCUCUCUCUUUCUCGUUCUGCCUCUUUUCAGGACUAACUGGUGUUGCCUGUGUGCAAACAUAUUAUCCCGAAAUACUCCCUAGGACUCUCUACGACAUUGUAAGGAGGGCUGCAGUAGAGCAGUAGCGCCUAAGUGUUGGAGGAGUGGAUCUAAAAUGGUCUUUUUAUCGUCUUAGUAAAAACUUAAUGAAAGACCCACUUUAGCUGCACAUCCAACACUUGAGCUUUCAAACUCCCAUGUAGCUAGUCUGGAGUGAUUAGUGGAAGAGAUGUGUGUUCGCUAGCGGUUGUGUUAGUUUGUUGCAUAUAUCUCUGCAGGAUCCCUCUCUGUCUUGUUGUCUUUGAAGCACUUUAACUGUAGACCUUCCUCUUACAUGUAUCUAUAGUGCUGUACACAGAGCUCUUCAUGGUAGAAGCGGCUGACGGCUUCCCAGCUGUUUCUCCACGCCUUAAUGUCACCUUGUAAAUACCACAUUCUCUUGACCUUUUACCAAAGAAACAAAAAUACAAUUUGGCGCCCUUUAGACAUCGACUGCUGGAUAUAAUGUAGCGCUAAGUGUGUGAGCUAUAGGUCAACGUACACACUCGCGGUUCUGUAAAACACAAAAUGAAAGUGGCCAGCAGAAAGAAUAUGAAAGUUAGUAUGAUGGUAGAAAAAUACAGCUCUCUAAAUUAGAUGUUAGAUGACUGUUUUCACUUACUUGCAUUCACUUUCCUCAAAGCACCUUAAAAGUGAUCACGCAAAGCGUGUCCUUGUUGAGAUGAUCUUAACACAACAAAAGGAUUCUAUCCAGUGCCCCAGACUGCUUGAUGCCUUAAAUGAAAGCACAGUUUCUCUGAGAUUUGGUAUCGAUCUUCUCACCUGAUUGUUUGAUGGAAAGCAAAUAAGCGUAUCACUCCAAAUGUCAAACUAUUUGAGGUUGGUACAGCUAAGAUAUAAAAGGAAACUUUAUGCACCCAUAGAGUGCAUAAAUAUCUACAAGUCUAAUGAGAUUCUCUCCCUUGAAAAGGGUCGUCUCUGAAUUCUGUCUCACACUUUCCUGCUUCAACAUUUAACCUCUCUGUCUUUCUUUCUAGCUGUCUCUCUCACUCUCUCUCUCUCAUUCUCCCUGUGCUGAAGUGAUGCUGACGUGGGAGUUAUCCUACCUCUGUGAGAGCCGCCUCCACCCGCCUGACCAUGCUCUUCCUGUGUCCCCCUCUGCAUCUUCUCGGCCAUCCAUCUAUCCAUCUAUCAUUGUGAGACAGAGUAGAAAAUAUGUUUUUUUUUUAUCGUACUUCUCUGAACCAAAGCCUUGUUGCUGCUUGAGAUACUUUUAGCUGCUUUACAUUAGGUGCCUUGUGGUAGUCUCUCUCUCUCUCUCUCUCUGCUGAACUGUCUUUGCUUGCUUUAUGGUAAAUCUACGACUAAUAAGAGGCAUUUGCACCGUACGAAUACAGAUGAUGGAUGAACGGAUGCAUGACUGAGAGAAUGGAUACGUGAGUGAAAUGUAUCAUGCUGUCCAAGAAGACUUAAUCAGAACUGAAACUGAACUGGUCGGAGCACACUGGAAAAAUACAUGUUGGAUGUGAUGUUGUCUUCAACCUUUAUUUGAAUGAGAUAGAAAACUUGAAGAGCUCCGUACGAUCGCUCAAAAUGACAUGUGGGAUUUUGUUUUUGUUGAUAUUCUGCAGUUUCCUUCUAAUUUAUCAUCUCUGACUUCUCAAAAUGUGGGUUUUCUAUUUCAAUAUUUAUAUAAAAUCAACAUAUUGUUGGAUUCUGUGGUAAAAAUCCACAGAAUUUCAACUUUGGUUGCGUAUUAAAGGGGCAAUUGUAAAAAAAAAAAAAAAAGCAUCCUCUAGUUGUAGCUGACCGUGCACAUUGGAACUGCAUUCUACCAAAGAUAUGUUCUCCAUGAAAACCUUUCACAGUGAAGUCUGUGGAUCUCUAUCUGCAUCAAUACCUAAAGUUCAAUUAUCGCCUUGCAUGUAAAUGAUCCCAAAAAAAACGUGUUUGCAGAACACUUGCCAUGUGGUAGUGAAUUAGUAAUAUGAUGUUUCGCAUCCAAAAGUAAUUAUAAUUAUUGUUAUUGCCAUUCACAAACGAAUCCACCAAAUCGUUUAUUAUGGGAGACGCUGUUCUAAUUAUUGUAAUUAGUCUUUCUGAGUUGAGUGAAAUACUUUCAACCACAAACAGACAAUUCUUUAUGAUUGGAGUUUUGGCACUUAAAAAGCAUCUGGAAGUCAGAAUAUCCUAAUUAUUGCCAUAAACCCUGCUUCUCUGUGGGAGGUGAUCUGUCCAAGAGAUAGUCAGGUCCUUCCUGUCUCUCUGUCUGUCUGUGGAAUCCACAGAACGUUUGCAUAGCUUUAAUGCUUUAAUAAUGAACCCCUUGCACUGGACAUCACCUGACUGAGGAUUGACACUGCUGUAGAAACUUCCAAAGCCAUUAACGGUGGAUUUAAGGUCUUACUGUCCCGAUCGCUCUUCGUCCUAACUGUCCCGAUCUUUCAACGCCACCUAAACUGACAGCCUUCGACCAGAAUGUUAUCUUUCUCUUUUACAAUGUAUUAUUGUACAGUGUUAUAUUUCUCAUAACCAACAGUAUCUGUAAAUCGCUGUACACU